AACAAGACAAACAUAAUACUGUUUAUUAAAUCUGAUAAUGGCGUAUGCGAGAUUUCUUGUGCAGGGAUGUAUUGAAUUGGUGAUCAUAAUCGCAAUAUGUCCAAAAGAUGGAAUUUUCUACGAGAAAAUAGCCAGUACUAACGACACAAAUGUGGAUCUCGUCUUCGAAUUCAACAAGCCUAGACAUAUUUUCAGAUAUUAUAAUGUUUAUAAAAACUCGGCACGCAUUGGAAGAUGUAUGGACAACGAUGCAUUUAUUGAAUUACCUAAUUGCUACACAUCUGAUUCGGCGAAAUUUAAGCUCUCUGCGAAUGUUAGCAUCAUGGUUGUGUUGACUCUCGGAAUACUAUUUUUCAAUGAGUCAAUGACAGGAAAUUACAGUUGUACAGAUAGUUACAAAGAUCAAGAACAAACAAUCAUCAUGAGCACUCCUGUGAACCUGACAUCAGUGUUACUGACUCCAAACGCCCAAACAUUUCCAAAAUACAACGAACCCUCCAUUUACACGUGCAUCACAUCGACCACCAAACCUGGUGCAGCGAUACAUUGGUUUGAGGACGUACACAACAUCACCGACAUGUCGAUUUCUACAUAUGACUCUUAUAUUUCGACAAGUGUCCUUAGAUACCUACCAAUGGUCAAGCGUGAAACGAACGUUUCCUGCGUUGCAAUGUACAAGUACCGAGAACACGACAUAUCUAUUACGAAGUCAACAAAAGUCUGUGUACAAUUUCCCGUUUCCACUCCAACUGUGUCUAUUAACGACGUGAAUGUAUCCGGUACAAUCACAGUGCUAGAGGGGGAAAUGGUGCGAUUUAUAUGCUUCUCUGAUGGGUUUCCUACGCCUUCGUAUAACUGGAAUUUUAAAGGGCACAUAACAGACGGUCAGAUACUGGAAUUGAAAAUCAAACGAACGGAAAAUGGAAGUGCACUGAGGUGCUCAGUGUCUAAUGUAUUGUUGACGAUAAAUGGAAGCAGAACUGCCACGUCAUAUACGCAUUGGGUGGAACUAAUUCUACAAGUAUUGUGUAAGGCAGUGUAA